AUGACAACUAGAACUCGAGCUAGAAACAACGAAAAUCCCAAGGGUGACGAACUAGUUAAUCACAUCCCAAUCCGUGAUACCGAAAACAUGUUUAGAAAACAACACCCUCCAACUUUUGAAGGCUCAGGCAAUCCGUUAGACGCCGAAAAAUGGGUUAGAGUGAUAGAGCGAAUAUUUGCAUAUAUAAGGUGUGAAGAUUAUGAGAAGGUAAUAUAUGCAAAAUACCAGCUGAUUGAUGAAGCUGACUUUUGGUGGGAGUCAGUCGAAAGGACUAUGACUCAAGCGCCAAAAGACACUUUGACUUGGGAAGGCUUCAAAGAAACGUUGUUUGAAAAAUUUAUUCCAGAAUGUUAUAGGCAAAAGAGACAAAAUGAGUUUUGGAAUUUAAGACAGGGAAAGAGUACGGUCACAGAAUAUGAUCGUGCAUUUAAUCGAUUGUCAAGAUAUUAUCCACAACUGGUGGAUACUGAUGAAAAGAAAGCUGAUAGAUUCAGAAAAGGGCUGCGUCCUGAGAUCGCAGUUUCAUUGGCUAGUCAAGGAACACUAACCUAUGCCCAAUCACUAACAAGGGCAUUGAACAUUGAGACAUUAUUGCUAAAAGAAAUAGAGAAAUGA